AUGGUCAGCGUAAAGAGACGCCUUUCUACCGACGAAUCAGAAGGAUCGAGUAACAACAAGGUCGCCAAAACCGAUGAACUCUCACGAGAGCAACGUCAAGAGCGUGUCUUCGCCAACAUGCGACUUCGACGCAUCAUUAAGGAGAAUCACGCCAGCACCAUUCACCAACUUGCCUUUUUCUUCAACAACAAAAACUUCUCCGGUCCCGUGGGCAUCGACUUGCAAAAGACCUUUGACAAGCGAGGAUCGGUUCAGCGAGAUCAAACUGACACGAGCAAUGUCCUUGCUUCUGUGGGUGGUUGUCAGAUGAGCGUAUACGACAAUGAACACUGUGGCGACCAUUUGGAUAUCAUGUCCAACUUUGACCUUUCUCUACAACAAGACGGCGAGGUGAAAAGGGAAUUGCAUACGUUCUGCUGGCUAUAUCGAGAAAACGACGCAUGGUUAGCAGCUGCUGGUACCGAUAGCCAAAUCCAUAUCGUCAGCUUGGCCUUAUCACAAGAGAUGGUGAUUCUUGAAGGACAUGCGAAAACCAUCCAUGAUCUUCAGCCCCAUCCACAACGGGAUAAUUACAUCUUGUCGACAUCCAAAGAUGGUACGAUGCGAUUAUGGGACGUGGAUAAGAAGAAAUGCCUUGCUAUUUUUGAAGCGGAUGCCACAGUAACGUGCUUUUCUCCUUCAGGCAACACAUUUAUCUCGGGAACAUCGCGUGGUGAGCUUCGCCAGUGGACUAUCCCUGAUGGCUUGGACGAGCAUGAUGAGCCUAUCCGCGUGCAAAAGAAACAAUCAAAGCUAUACAAAAAGUUCCAUGGUGACAACUAUAUCGAUUGCAUUCGCUAUGCAAAUGGUCACGUCAUUUCAAAAUCAAGCAAUGGUCGUAUUGAGAUAUGGGAAGCUGAUACAGAAAAGCAUAUUCGAUCCAUUAGGAUACGAACCGGCGAGUGCUGUUCACGAUUCGAUGUGAGCUUGGACGAGAAUUACCUCUGCGUUGGAAAUAGCUCAGGAUCUGUAUUUGUAUAUAACCUUCAUACGGGCAAGUUAAUCACUGAAUUAUCACAUCGGCGCUCCAACAAGGCGGUGCGAUGCUGCACGUUCACACGUGAUUGCCGUCAAAUUCUUGUUGGAGGUGAGGAAGGGUUCAUGCUGCGGUACGAUUACAUCGACGAUGCUACUUUGGAAGAAUGGGCAAAUUGGAGAAAGCCGGAUAACUCUUAA